AUGGCCGACUGUUAUCAGAGCGGCGUGGCGUGUUAUCAGGAACGACUGUACCUCAGGAUCGUGAGUCAGAGUCGGCUAAGAGUGGAGGCCACUUCUCCGGGUGUCCCCUCCUUGGCGGGGACACGUUGGUCGGAGGACAACGACGACGACGAAGGAGAGAUCGGCAGCCAAGACCCCAAGACGAAGAAGAAAAGAGAGACGAGGCGGUCGUGGCAUUCGGAUUUUAACACGAGCGGAUAUUCAAGGAGCGAGAAUGUCGGAGGGGUGCACGAGUUGCAGGGGUGCGAAUUAUGCAGGGACGACGCUGCAGUUGAGCUCGACUUCCGGUGGUGGGACCGGAACCGGGUCCUCCGGCUCUCCAAGCUCUUGCACCACCACCAGAAGAGUACAGGUACGCGCCAAAGUGUUGUACGGGUCUGGGAAAGCGAUCGCCAGCUUGCAGGCGCAAGAGAAAGCUGCCAGACACUGACAAGCGUCCUCCUCGUCCUUCUCUCCUCCGGUCUGUCGAAAUCAGUUGCGAACAAGAAUGGGGAAUCAACAAGCACGGAACCAUCUUCGACCGGCACGGCUCCUCGAUCGAUAAAUGAUUCAACGAGUUACGCGAACGAACAAUUCCGUAACAAUUCCGAAACGGUAGAGACUUUGUUCAUCCCCGAGGAUCCGAAUCGGUACAAACAGAUCGUGGAAUUCGUGCGGAAAUUAUUCGAACGCGUGGGACAAUCGGUCGACAAGAGGAAGAUUCUAAACGGCGAGAAAGGAGACGCGGCUGACGUCGAUAACGAUAAGAUCGAUCGAUUUUCGAAGGUGGGGAAUUCAAGGCCGUCGGAUGGAGGGAAGGACGAGGAAAAAUAUUCGCAAAGGGAUCCCGAGGGAGGAGUUUAUUCGGGGACAACGGUGGGGAGUAAUGGAAAGGAAUACGGGGUAACUUCGAUGGAAAGGAAGAAUUAUCAACCCGAUCAACACGAUUUAUUAGAGGCGGUUAAUUUUGGCCUCGACGCCAUGAACGAGUUGUACACGGUCAAGGAACCGAUGCUUUACUCGAUGGGCCUUUACCUCGAUUCGGACAAUCCCGCGAGGCACGUGGCAUUUUUUAACGACCAAACAGAGGAGGCAAGAAUGCUCGCCAAGUACGGUUACGCUGUUCUCCAGGGCGCCACGUUGUUCAAAAGAAAAUUCCCGAACACGCCGACGGACACGCUUCUGUCUCUACGUCGGAGUCAAAGCGAUCCACUCCGACGUAGCUGCCCGAACAGAGGAGUUCCAGACUGUCCAGCGGCUAGUUUGAGAUACAGAACGUCCGAUGGAAGCUGUAACAACCUGAAGCAUCUCUGGUGGGGCUCGGCCAUGUCCGCGAUGGAAAGAUUCUUGCCACCAAUUUACGGGGAUGGAAUUCAGAGUAUCAGGAGAUCGAUAACCGGGGAACCGCUUCCAAGCCCGAGACUGAUAAGCGCAAUAAUUCACAAGGACAAAGAUGUUCCUUUGGAGUCUGUCACUCAUAUGCUGAUGCAGUGGGGGCAAUUUAUCGACCAUGACUUGACAGCCACCGGACAAAGCAGAGGAUUUAACGGCAGUGUACCACAGUGUUGCCUGAAAUCUGGCUUAGGCUUCCAACCGCCGGAAUUUAUGCAUCCAGAGUGUUUACCGAUACCGGUCAGCCCGCAAGACCAUUUCUUCGGCCCACUGGGUAUCAGGUGUUUAGAAUUCGCUCGAAGCGGUCCAGCGCCGAAAGAUGACUGCGAGUUCGGGCCCAGGGAGCAAUUGACGCAAGUGACGAGCUACCUGGACGCUUCCAUGGUGUACAGCAGCCACCCUUUCGUAACGGACUCUUUAAGAUUAUUUCGAAACGGUCUGUUGCAGUACGGAAAGAUUCAGUCGCACAGGCCAGUGCUGGCCAAAAUGGAUCCCGACAUUUGCAGACGCGGCUCGUUAUCCACGAGCUGCUUCAAAGCCGGCGACGGCCGCCUCGUCGAGCAACCCGCCCUCACUUCCCUCCACGUGGUUUUUUUGAGGCUGCACAAUAGAAUAGCGACGAAACUUGCCGCGUUGAACGCCCACUGGAGCGACGAGAAACUGUUUCAAGAAUCCCGGAGAAUCGUCGCAGCCAUUGUCCAGCACAUCACCUACAGAGAAUUUCUGCCCAUUGUCCUUGGUCAGGAUGUGAUGAGAAUAUUCGGCCUCGAACUCCUGAGGAAAGGAUAUUACGAGGGUUACGAUCCGAACGUGAACCCGACCGUCGCGAAUGCGUUCUCCACGGCCGCUUACCGCUUCGGCCACUCCCUGGUCCAGCCCAGCUUCGUCCGGUUCGACAGCGACCAUCGGCCUAUUUUCAACAAUGUCUCGAUUCACGACGAGCUGGCAAAUCUAGGCGAUUUGGAGACAGCGGGAUCCGUGGAUCGCCUUCUUCUCGGCCUGAUCAAUCAACCCGCCCAGAGAAGGGACGAGCACAUAAGCGAAGAAUUGACCAAUCACCUGUUCCAAACCCCGGGCUUCCCCUUCGGGAUGGAUCUGGCCUCCAUCAACAUCCAACGAGGAAGGGAUCACGGUAUCCCCCCCUACGUCCACUGGCGAGAACCCUGCGCCCUGUCCCCCAUAAGAGACUUCGACGACUUGGACAAAGCGAUCCCACCGUCCACCGCGAGCAAGUUCAGAUCGGUGUAUUCGUCGGUGGAGGAUAUCGAUUUGUUCACCGGCGGGAUUGCGGAGAAAUCGGUGAAGGGCGGUUUGGUCGGGCCCACGUUCGCCUGUAUAAUCGGCCAACAGUUCAAUAACCUUCGUCGGGGCGAUAGAUUCUGGUACGAGAAUUCUGGAGAGGAGAACAGUUUCACGGCUGGGCAGCUUCAACAAAUCAGACGCGUCACCCUGUCCCAGGUCCUCUGCAUCACGAUGGACGAUAUCGAGACCGUUCAACCGUUCGUGUUCUUGACGCGAGACACCUUGAAGAAUCAACCUCUGCCCUGCAACGAUUCCCUCGUUCACCGAUUCAACUUGAAAUUUUGGGCGGAGAAGCCCUCCCAAAAUUUACAGGAACCCCCCUUCAGAAGAAGGGGGAUACUGGAUACUAUAAAGAAGAGAAUCACCUCGACCGGUGUAACACCUCCUCAGGAGAGCAUUGCCGCGUCGAGCACGUCGAGAAGCGUCCCUCACCAAGCUGCAAUAGCACCGCACAACAAUUUGAAUCCUCCGAAGGCGAGCGUCCAUCAGCAGAAUAGGAUCGUGGUGAAGAAACCUCUCCACCCGUCCGACAAUCUUACCAUAGUCGUGCAAAAUAACGCCAUCAAUUCCCCCGUGUUCGUGAACGACGCCAUUUACGGGUCCGACAUAAGGGUGAAUCCUUCCCUCAAUCAACAAACUCGAGAGAAAGAGACGCAACAGAUGGAUAUCCCCCACGGAUUGCUGCACAUCCCCGUCUACGUGCCCCCGCCCAAACCCAUACCCACCGUCCAUCCUUUGGCAAACUUUCACACCGGUCGCCCUUACGUCCCCUACGCUUUCCACGAUCCGAAUAAUCCGAACCCAUCGAUCCAACUUCGUCGGCCAACUUACGCGUCCGAGGACGUGGUGUUCGACAGCUUCCCCGGGACCAGCCCCAGCCCGACUUUGUACACGUAUUACACCAAUUUCCUCAAAUUUCCGCCCGGCACGCGAACCCCGAUUCACAGCGUUCACGCGAUCUGGAAUCGCGUAUCCCAAUCGCCCACGCCUGUUCGCGAUUCCUCGGACCAAUUGCACCACGAUCGAUCCGAUGUUUGGCAGAAAUUGCGCUAUCGAUCCUCGCCUUCGCCCGGGUCUCUCACGAGCCGCCCUUUUACGGAACCGGCGAGCACCGAGCGGAAUCGAGCCAAGGAUUCCGAAAAUGGAUACACCGUGUCCUCGGAUCGCGCGAAUCCAGUGUACCGUUCGAGCGCUGCGCCUCAUCGAAAACCGAUCCACGGGGCUCCCGAUCAUCACGGAUUCGCGGCGAGCUUAAGCAACAAGGGAAGCGUCGAUCAUCCAGAUUCGACCGCGUAUUCCUCCGCAACGCCUUCUCCAACCAACGAUCGACUCGAUCGUCGAGAUUCGACCGAAUCUCACAGCUAUUAUUCGACCGCUUCUCCAACCAACGAUCGACUCGAUCAUCAUUCGAUUGGGUCUCACAGCUAUUAUUCGACCGUUUCUCCAACCAACGAUCGACUCGAUCAUCGAGAUUCGACCGAAUCUCACAGUUAUUAUUCGACCGCUUCUCCAAUGAUCGAUCAUCGAGAUUCGACCAGAUCUCACAGCUAUUAUUCGACCGCUUCUCCAAUGAUCGAUCAUCGAGAUUCGACCGGGUCUCACAGCUAUUAUUCGACUUCGACUGCGUAUUCGAGUUCCUCCGCAAUGUCUUCUCCAACGAACGAUCGACUCGAUCAUCGAGAUUCGACCGAAUCCCACAGCUAUUAUUCGACCGCUUCUCCAACCAAUGAUCGACUCGAUCAUCGAGAUUCGACUGGGUCUCACAGCUAUUAUUCGAUUUCGACCGCUUUUCCAACGAACGACCGACUCGAUCAUCGAGAUUCGACCGGGUCUCACAACUAUUAUUCGACCGCUUCUCCAAUGAUCGAUCAUCGAGAUUCGACCGAGUCUCACAGCUAUUAUUCGACUUCGACCGCUUCUCCAACGAUCGAUCAUCGAGAUUCGACCAGAUCUCACAGCUAUUAUUCGACUUCGUAUUCGAGUUCCUCCGCAACAUCUUCUCCAACGAACGAUCGACUCGAUCGAGAUUCGACCGGGUCCCACAGCUACGAUCGUACAACGUAUUAUUCGACACCGGCGCAGAACGAUGAUCGAACGGGCAACGAUCCGUUCGAAACGAGUUUCUAUCACAGUUUAGCGACGCGAAAUCCAUCCAAGAUUCACGGUGCGACGAUCGUGACGGAGGGGACGAUAAGCGAAGCGGCGGGGUAUAAGGUUGAUAAAAUGGAGGAUCGGGUUACGAGCGAAAUUCCGAAACCGUUGGUCGUUCGAUCGGAUAAGAACAGAGCGAGGAAGCCUGGUCAGUAUUAUUACGAUAGGAACGUGUUGCAUCGAUAUCCGGACGACACGAAGACGUCGAUCGAUGAUCGAACCUUUAUAAGUGGUUCCGUGAGAAACGCCUACGAGCAGAUUAUCGAUGGAAAUGAGAACGACACGGAUACGGUAGGAACGAUGAAUCAAACGAGGAACGAAUGGUUGGACGGUGCAACAGGCGAUGACGUGGACCGGGGCCUUGAUGAAGAGGCCGUCUCGGACGAGAUUGAAACCGUUGAGCCGAGAUAUAGUGAUUGGUUGAAUCCGGAAGAAGACUCGAUGGACCUGUCGUCGGUUUUGGAGAUGCCAAAAAUCCCAUGGAGCGGGGCCACAGCUGCCAAGGAAUUGCCUAAGCCUAUGAGGCUGAAAAACUACGCCUUCUAAAAAUCCCCCCUUCCCGAUAACAUUUUUCUUUUUUUUUUUUUUUUUUUUUCUUUCGAUCCAUCGAACGAUCCGCUUCGUCCAUUUACGCCCUGUUCUUCCGAUUAGAUGGCCAAUUAAUUUAAUCUCUCUACAACGUAGAUAUAUUUACCAACAUUAGUAUUUAUUACUCGUCUUAGAAAAUAUUCUCACCAUGUGUAGGAUGAUAAUUUAAGUGUCGUGUCUCGAUAAGAUU